AUGUACUCGGCGAGGUAUUCUUGCCAAGUUGAGUUGCUACGGGAAGGCGCUGCAGAAAGUGUUCUGCGGGAGGGCCUCGCCACUGCCAAGCGCCAGGCCAGACGACAGAUGCUCCUCGAUUGGGAGCAGCACUUGGGCGAACCGCACGCGGCCGCCCAAGAGGUCGUCUUGGUGGUCCGUCCCCAUCUCAAGGUGUGGCUGGAGAACGGGGUCGGCCACCUUACCUACAGAGUCACUCAGGUGCUCACCGGGCAUGGAUGCUUCGGAGAGUACCUGAGUCGCAUCGGCAAGGAGCCGACGACGCAGUGUCAUCAGUGCGGCGCGGCCAGCGACUCGGUGGAGCACACCGUGGAGGAGUGUCCACGGUGGGCAAGUGACCGCCGGGCGCUGGCCGAUGCGAUCGGGCCGGACUUGUCCCUGGAGAGCCUAAUGCGCGCACUGGCCUCCGGGGACAAGGACCGGCAGCAGGCG